AUGUUAGCAGCGUGCAAGGAGGCAGAGGACUCGUACUGCAGCAGGAGAGCCUGGUCACCUGAAGUCUUAGAAGGCUUCAACAGAGCCUUUGCCCUCGUGAUCAAGGAGCAGACUCCCGGCCCACAGGACGCGGCAAGGAGGAGGCAGAUUCUGGAGAAGAUGGGAGGCAUCGUUGGGCUUGGCCUGGACGGCCACACAGAGCUGCGGGUGGAGCCCUAUGGCUCCUUUGUGAGCGGCCUGUACGCACCCACUGGCGACCUGGACAUCUCCAUUGAGGGCUUCUGUGGCAAGGAGGGUCGGGGGAGGGACGUGCGGGACAUGGGCAAGAGCGCCAAGGCAGCGCUGCUGCGGGCGCUGUCCAAGAAGCUGGAGCGCUCGCGGCUGCACCGCGGCUACAUCCAGCGCAUCCUGCACGCGCGCGUCCCCAUCCUCAAGCUCGUCUGGGCCGAGUCGGGUAUACCCUGCGACGUGAGCGUGGGAAGCUCGAAUUCGCGAUUCAAGGCUGAGGUGGUCAAGGCUCUGGUGCGGUUGGAUGGCAGAUUCGAGCAGAUGCUGCGAGUCAUCAAGGUGUGGUCCGGCGCGCACGGCCUCAACGACGCCAGCAAUGGCACCUUCAACACAUUCGCCCUCUCCCUCAUGGUGCUGUUCCACCUGCAGCUGCGCCGGCCAGCGGUGCUACCACCGCUGCACGAGCUGUUCCGGGACGCGCACGACGCCACCUUCACCCGGCCCCUCCACCUCGGCCAAGAAAUCAGCCCCGGCAUGCUCGAGGCAUUCCAGGCGGCGGCGGAGGCAACGCCGCGUUCGGGCAACGAUGAGAGCGUGGCGGAAUUGCUGGCGUCGUUCUUCGCGCGUUUUGCUGCGGCCACGACGCGGUGGCAGCGGGCGCCGGAGUGCUGCGACGUGCGCGCCAGCACCUGGUGCGGGGCCUGGAGCUACCGCCCCUGGGCCAAGGCCUACAUGGCAGCUGUGGAAGAUCCUUUUGACAGCAGCGACAACUGCGCGCGAACCAUCGGGCGGGACCGCCUGCCCUACAUCACCCGCUGCUUCGCGGACGCCGCCGACGCUAUGAUGUCAGCGCGUGACGACAAGGAUCUGGCAGCCACGGCGCAUGCUCCCCCACCGCCGCCACCGUCCAGGCUGGCCCCCCCGCCGGGGGUGCCUGGGGUGCACCAGGCGCACCACUCAUCUGGCGGUGGCUUUGCCAGUCAGCCGCAGUAUUCACCCAUUCCUUACUUCGAUUUUCCAUCGCAUGGAAGGUCCGGGGGAGGCAUCGGCGGCCUGCCCCAGUACUCACCCAUUCCGGAAGAGGACGGCAAGACUCCGAGCGGUGCCCUGCGCAAGAUACUCAAGGUGAAGCGCGGCGGCCCGGCCGGCGAGGCGCCACCGGCCUUCAGCCCACUUCCUCAAUACUCCAGCAGCCCAGCCUACGACCAGACCGGCAGCAACACCCUCCGGCAGAUGCUCAACAUCGGCCGCACCGCCCCGGAGGCCGGCAGCAGCGGCGGCGGCAACGGUGCCUAUUCUGGCAUCGAUCGAGGGAACGGCGGUAUCGGGAGCCACAGGAGCGCCUAUUCUGGCACCGGCCUCAGCGGUGCUUACUCAGGCAAUGGCCUUGGAGGUGCCAGUUCUGGCACCGGCAAGAGCAGAGCCGCCAGAUCAGGUGGGGUCGGAGGGAAUGCCGCUGCCAGCGGGAGUGGCGGGGGUUCUUAUGGCCUGCCGGACAGCCUGGACCUGGCCAUGGGAUCACUGGACAUAGGGUCUCAUGCAUCGCCUGCUCCUGCUCCUGCUCCUGCUCCCGUAGUUUCAAAUGCCAACCCUAGGAGAGGCCCCGGCCCCGGCCCCAGGCAGGAUCAGACCUCAAGCCUGCCGCAGCCUCCGGUCAAUGGCGAUCCCUCUCAACGGCGCAAGGCAAAGCCAGUGCAGUCGGCUCCCCUGGAGCAAGCGGGCACGCCACAAUCUCUGGCGGCAAACCCGGCGCGAAAGGGGCGCGGCAAGAAUAUGCCAACAGCGCCGAACCAGGGCGUACACCCAGCGGGCCCUCAGAGCAGCGGAGCCAGUGCAAACGGGGCCGCAGACAGCAACGAGGGAGCCACGAAGAAGCCGCGCCCCAGAAACAAGUGGAAGGUGUGCCCGUCCUACCCAGGCUUUACUGCAGCUUGUCUGCAGAUGCACCAGGCCUUUGGCAGGAAAGCAUGGUGGCAGAGGGGAGUAGUGCGCAAGGCAAUGGAGGCGCACCAGCUAGCAGCAGAGCAGAUGGACCUGCGCGCGUUGUAG